AUUCGUUUAAGAAUAUAAGAUUAAAGUAAAAAGACAUUCAUUGUUAUUUGUAUUGAGAAUAAGUCUUUUUUGCAAUAACAUUCACGCCCUUUAUUUAGCGUGCAAAUACAUUAAUGAUUUAUUUUGAUUACCAAUAAAGGCAUUUCCGGUUGUAUUCAAGCUACCUUUACAGCAGCGCCUAUUACUGUUGUGAUAGUGCAUAAUUGUCAACAUUCUGCAUGAGUCCAUGUUUGAUUUUCUGGGCUCAUAUAUCUGCGCUUUUCACUCUGAUCAGAUAUGUGGCUUGGAGUUUGAACCUAGGUGCGCAUCCUCGGCAGAUAAAGGGACCCUGUCCUAAAUAAUGAAGAAAGUUGUACUCAUUGGGGUGUUGCUUUUACCCCAGGCGAAGUCAUCAGCAGGCUGUCAUCCUCACCCCAAUCUUGUAAAAGAGGAAGAAAAGUGCAAGAAUGAUUUUUUGUUGGAGUCACAUAAAGCACCAGAAAACAACAUCAGUGUGCACUGCCAGGGAAUGUGGGAUGACUUGAACUGCUGGCCACCUGCUUCUCUUGGAGAAACAGUUUCUCAGCCGUGCCCAGAGUUUUUUAAUUCACAAGGCAAAGUUUAUCGCAAUUGUACUGUCAAUGGAUGGACAGACCCACUGAUCCCACAUGAAGAUGCAUGUGGUUUCAAUGACACAUUUCACCUUCCUGGAGAGUCCACAGACUCCCAUUUGUAUUUCUCUUACGUGAAAACCAUGUACACAGCUGGAUAUGCGCUCUCGCUCAUCUCUCUGGCCAUUGCUAUCACCAUAUUCUGCCUGUUUAGGAAACUGCACUGUACCAGGAACUACAUUCACAUCCAGCUGUUUAUCUCCUUCAUUCUGAGAGCCAUAUUCAUCUUUAUCCGAGACACUCUGCUAUUUACAGAUGAAGACUUCUAUUACUGUGACUAUUACCCGGUGGCGUGUAAGAUCGUGCUGAUGUUUUCCAACUACUCCAUCCUUGCCAACUAUAGCUGGCUGUUGGUGGAGGGUCACUUCCUGUUUACUUUGGUCAGCCGCUCUUUCUUCUCCUUAAAGAAACACCUCGUCUGGUACAUCGUCUUAAGCUGGGGUUUACCAGUUAUUGUUAUUGUCUGCUGGGGAUGUGCUAAGUAUUUUUGUGAAAAUGAAGGCUGUUGGGAAACCAGGAGACACGAAUGGAUUUGGUGGAUUCUUCGGGUGCCCGUUCUUCUAACUAUAUCUAUGAAUCUCAUCUUUUUCUUGGGUAUUUUGAGGAUAAUAGUGAGCAAACUCAGGAUGCCUGAUGCACAGAGGAAUGAAUUCAGCCAGUAUAAGAGGCUUAUCAAAUCCACGUUUUUUCUGGUUGCUCUGUUUGGCCUGCAUUACAUCCUAUUUGUUUUUUUACCUGUUGAAGUCAGCAGCUCUGUGUUUAAGAUAUGGAUGCUAGCAGAGCUGGCUCUCUCAUCCACACAGGGUUUUGUAGUUUCUGUCCUCUACUGCUUUAUGAAUGGAGAGGUGCAGCAGGAAUUUAAGAGAAGAUGGAGGAGAUGGAGGCUCACUCAGCACCUUCCGACCCAACCGAGACGCUAUCAUGGCUCCGUCAGCCACAGUGGGUCUCCUCAUACGCAGGUCUCCCUGCUGCCCUGCUCUCCAGGCAGUCAGACGACCAGUGGACUCCCAAUUGAUUCUCUGGAGAUGUGAUUCAAGUUGUUUUUGUCUCUUCUGUAUUUUUCAUAAAUGGAUGAUUGAAUGUUAGAUAUACACUUGGAAAACUUUUUGGAUGCAUUUGUAUGUAUCUGCGUUUGACAUUAAAGUGGACUUUGCAUGAUUGUGGGGGUGGGAGGUGACAUGUGAAUGCUAUGCUCCAGUCAAACCUAUUGCAACCCCCUAUAAAAGAAGAAUUUUU